AUGACGAGCCGCGACGGCGUCACCACACUAUGGGGACGAAAUCAGAGCGAUCAAGUCUACUAUCUCUCAUGUCCCACGAGCCAGUUAUCCGAACCUACGGCCUGGAGUGCGCCGUUUCCAAUCCUGUCGGGGAUCGAGCGCAUAUCAGCCUACGUCAACUGUGUAGACGGGGGAAAUACUAUCUUUGCGGCUGGAGAAGGAAAGGUUCAGAAGGUAAUCCAGGGCUCCGCCAUCACGGGUAAGGUGUGGCGGGCUCAAGAGAUCACUCUCGCCGCGGCGCCAGAGCAGCCAUGUACGAACUUUCUUUCGUACACGACCACAAUCCACGUCACGCAGCUCACAUCAAAUGCCCCCAUUCCCAAGGCCAUAGUGGAGCUGUCGGCCAACAGCCGUGCCCCGGUGUACAUCAAUGGGGUCUACUACGUUCUCUCCACAGAGACUCCGUUGCGGGUCCUCACGGACCAGACCGGUACUCUGACAGUGAUAGAGGCGACAGACAGUCUCCAAGGGACUGUGUUGACGGUGUCUUUGGAAAACACUACCAUUACAAUCAACCCCAUGGAUCACAGUAUGGACAGAAUCGCUGCUUUGGACUCGGCGGAGAAACUGCGCAGCGCGCGGGUCCCUACGCACACCGUUGCUGGUGGCAUCGACGAUUCGACCCCGUACAUCUCUCUUCUUGAUCCAUCGACACACGAAGAUGACGUGGAGGCAAUGGCCCAGAGUUUCGGACUGCUAAAAGAAGCUUAUUUGAAAAUCCAGGGCCCCGAAAAGACCCUGUGCCAAGAUCACGGCGGGGCAGAACUCGUCACUGCGUCCCUGCUGCACGCUACAACGACUAAGACUCUCAAUUUGAGUUUUCUGGGAGAUCUGUGGUCCGGUGCGGAGGUCAUCAUAGGUGAUAUAGCACAGAUUAUCGGCUCAAUCGGGGGCGCAACCCUCAUCUGGGGGGGCGACGCCUUGCAGUGGCUGAAGAAUACCGCGAUGGGAGGUCUGACAUUGAUUAAGGACACUCUUUCCGGUGGCCUGCACCUGUUAGGAAAUUGGGCAGGUAAGGCCUGGCAUGUGGCGCUCGACACCUUGAAUACAUUGGUGGGGCUCGGGGAGUGGUUGUGGGAUCAGGGCAAGAAGUUAGCCCGAAAGGCCACAGAUUGGGUCACUGUCCUGCUGCACUGGGGCGAUAUUCGGCGCACCAAACAGGUGACGCACAACCUGAUCCGCCUGUGGAUGCAACAUCAGGUGGAUCAGAUUCCCCACGUCGCUGCCGGGUGGAAUCAAGCCAUUACUGGACUGGAGCAGACAAUCAACCAGUGGGCGGGCACCACUGACUUUGCCCCCCUCGGGGCUGAUGGCGACGAGGUCUUGAGAAACCCUGCGGUCCAGGGAGCGGCCAACCCCAAUGAGGGCCAAACGUCGGCUUCGAGCCUGUUUAUCAGUCACUACCGCAACCAUGCGCACCAACUACGGGUCGUUGGAGACAGCCCGGCUCUAAACGGGGUAGAGAGUCUGCUGUUCGAUCUGUUGGAUGCCGUUAGCACAGAGGGGAGGGUUCUUGGCGAACUCUUCGCUCAAUUGAAGCUACUGGUCCAGGAUUUCGCCAGCUUGAGUCUACAAGACGUGCUCAAGCGCAUGAUGGGGAUCUUGGCCGACUUUGUGCUGUCCAGCGUCCAGGGGGUGGUCGAUACCCUCCUCCAGGUUCUCCACACCCUGACUCAAUCUACCCUCGCCGUGCUUGACACCAAGAUCCACAUCCCCAUCAUUUCGGACCUGCUGAGCUCUAUCGGCAUCCCCGAUAUCUCAUUCCUGGACCUCUUCACCUGGAUCAUUGCCGUUGCGUUUACCAUUGUGUACAAGAUCACCCACAACACACAUGCUCCCUUUCCCGACAACAGCUCGGUGUCUGCCCUCAUCGCCGCCAACACCUGGGAGGGGAUUUCCCGCCUGUUUGGGAAGUCCACAGGGAGCUUCGCUUCCUUCGCACUUGCACCUCAUUACUCGAGCAAGCUCGCCACCGAAGGAGAGUCUUCCUCCGAGUGGAGUAGAAUGCUUUUUGCCCCAGGUCACUUCCUUGCGGGCCUCGCCGGCUUCGUACUGGGCUCCGUCACCGUCUUCGAAGCCGAAAGCGAGACGGAAGAGAACCCAUUCUCCACCCCAGCAAUGAUCCUGGGUAUCAUCAGCGCCGGUAUGCAGGGUAUUACCAACCAUUUCGCGCCGCGUGACGAGAUCGAGAACACGGUCGUCGAAGGCUGUGAAUAUGCACUCAUCACCAUUGAGGUCGCGGUCAAAGUCUUCUUCUCCGGGACCGCCCAAGGUGGGCUGACGAAACUCAGCGACAAAAGCGCCAGUGUGGGAAAGCUCGUGGUCAGCAAUGCUCGGGGGCUCGAAGCCAUCGUUGACGCGGUGCUAAUUCUCCCUGGCAUUGCAAUCAUGGGCUGGCACAUCUAUGAACUGUCUAAGAAGCCGGCUGGUAAGGUCAAGUCUGCUGCCAUCUUGGAGGAGUGUGGUAAGGUAUCUGCGUGGAUCGCGCGGGUCGCCUAUGCUGUCGCAGUGAACGACCCCGAGCCAGAUUCGAAGGAGAUUGCUGCUGGAAUUACCGGCCUAGCCAUAUGGGCUGCUGCGGGAUUCCAGAUUGGCGAGGCGGAAUGGUGUUGA